AUGUCUCAGGCCCCUCGCAGCAAUCCAUUGCAACAGCACCCUGCUCCCGCCUACAGCGCCGAGAACCCGCAUCACCCCUCGGGGCAGGGAUACAAUGGCUUCCUCGGUCCAUAUCCGUCGAGGGCGGGGGCGGUUCCUCUCGCCGACAAGCCGUCGCAUGGCUUUGAUGGGAUCCAACAGGGCCAACACCCUGUGCAAACAGCCAGGACAGGCGCCGCGGCCGCGAAAAAGCGAGGGAACCGUGGGCUCUUGGCCAACCCGCGCAGGUGGUCACUUAAGAAAAAGUUGUUCGUGGCCGCGUUGGUUAUUGUGGUACUUGUUCUCGUCAUCGCCGUCCCUGCUGGCGUCCUGCUGAACAGAAAGCGCAAAUGCAAAUGCCCGGGCUGGUUCGACCGCAAGAAUAACUACUUUCCGGCGACAUAUUAUCCGUGUGAUGGAAAAGGAAGGGACCUGAACACGAACAGGAUGCCUUCAUGUAACUGGGAAUUUACUGGCUAUUAUUGA